CUCGCGCGAGGCUUAUUUUCGUCACACGGUGGCGCUUUCUCAUCCACCGCCUCCACCUCGUCGUCGUCGUCUCUCGCCUGCCGCUCGCACGAGUCCCUUCCUCGCCGACGAAGCAGACAGCGGCCGCGUGUGGCAUGGGGGACGAGGAGCUCGAGGCGAUUCGCCGCCACCGAAUGUCGGAGCUGCAGGCGCAGCGCGGCGGGCAGGUGGCGUGGGGUGAUUAUGGUGGCCCUCGCGCGGGUGGCACGGACCAGGAAGCCCAGCGGGAGGCAGCCCAGAGGGACACUGAAAUGCGAAACAGCAUUCUGGCCCAGGUGCUGGACCAGUCUGCUCGUGCCCGGCUGAGUAACCUGGCCCUGGUGAAGCCAGACAAAGCCAAGUCGGUGGAGAAUUACCUCAUUCAGCUGGCGAGAUAUGGCCAGCUCCCUGGAAAGGUGGAUGAUAAAGGCCUCAUCGAGAUCCUAGAAAAAGUGAGCCAGCAGACAGAAAAGAAGAUGACUGUCAAGUUUAACAGAAGGAAAGUUAUGGACUCCGAUGAAGAGGAUGAAUACUGAUGGCGCGGGACUCUUGGGGUGCACUUGCCCAUGCUUAUGUAUGGCGCCUGAUCAAGCUAAGCAACCUGGUGAUAGUAAUUUGAGUGGAUCGGUCAUCUGUUGCUAAUACUGACAGGUUGUGGCUGUCACAACAACCGUAUGCACUUGAGUGUGUGUGGGUGUGGCCAUGCAUGUGUCUCCAUGUACACAUGCAUGCACACAGUCUGUGUGCGUGCUUAUGCCUCUUAAGCUUGACACCUGUCAUUGGUGAUAAGCCAUCAUACACUUGUGUAGGAUUGAUAUUCAAUAAAUUUUUAGAGAAAGUGUUACAAUGGUAAAAUAUUGGCCUACAUCAAUAGGAUAUUCUUUUAUUUUAAACUGUUAACAUUUCACAAGGAAACUAUUUGGGGAGAUCAUAUGGUGUGCUUGUGGUACCUACGUUGUUGGCCAUGGGAAAGCAUUUAACCUCAAAAUGUAAUAACCAGGGAGUCGAGGUAUGAUGGUAAAUCUUACAGUGCUGCAUAUCAGGUUUUGAGAUGCAAAUAAUGCCAAUUACAAAUGUGGUUACCUCAAGUUAUAUUUCCAUUUGUGUAUUCCAAAUGUAACCCAAUUUGCAAUUAAACCAGCACAUAUGCCAGUGCUCACAAAUGCUUGAUGGUUGCAUCCAUUAAGCAAGGUGCUACUACCAACUUUUUGAACCUGUAGACAGCCACGGUCAUCACUCAGGAGGUAUGUGCAAGACCCAGAGGGUUAACAAGAUCGUAUCCCCUGCCUGCCUGAUGCUCCUCCGCUGGCCUAACUUCAAGCAGCUGCGUGCCGUAAAGGCACUUCACUUGUGCAGUUAGAACUAAACCACACUGCUCACUAUUAUGGGGUCUGCUGGCAUCCACUAAGUGCCAAGUCUGCAUUUAAGGGGUCUUCAACGCAAAUGAGGUGUGAGCACCACUGCGGCGAUAGACACGAAAAGCUGGGUGCACAAACUGCUUGUGUGACAGGCGUUCAAAAUACUGUUCGUUUAUUUGUUGAAUGCCAAUGCUGUUGUGCAUGUUCCUGAAUUGCAUUGUUUUUUGAAAUAAACUGUUUCUAAAACA